UCCCCUGUCUAUUCCCUUCCUCCUUUCCCCCACCCCUUCUUUUUUUUCUUCUUCUUUCCCUUCUUCCAUGGCGGAGACCAAAAUCAUUUAUCACAUCGACGAGGAAGAAACCCCUUACCUGGUCAAACUGCCGGUGGCCCCGGAAAAAGUGACUUUGGCGGAUUUCAAAAAUGUCCUCAGCAACCGGCCGGUGCAGAGCUACAAAUUCUUCUUCAAAUCCAUGGACCAGGAUUUCGGGGUGGUGAAGGAGGAGAUCUCGGACGACAAUGCUAAGCUACCUUGCUUCAACGGACGGGUCGUAUCCUGGCUGGUCCUGGCAGAAAGCUCCCAUUCAGACGCUGGUUCCCAGUGCACCGAAAGCCACACAGACCUUCCCCCUCCUAUCGAGAGAACCGGGGGCAUCGGAGACUCCCGGCCCCCUUCCUUCCACCCAAAUGCUGCCAGCAGCCGCGAUGGCCUGGAUAACGAAACGGGCGCCGAAUCGGUCAUUAGCCACCGGCAAGACCGGCAUCGGAGGAGGACCCGGGAAGGCCAUGAAGAUGUCUCGCGCAUCAAUGGACAUCCGAAGCUCGACCGGCAUAGGGAGCAUCCGCCCGGCUACGACAGCUCCUCCACGGUGAUGAGCAGCGAACUCGAAUCGAGCAGUUUCGUGGACUCCGACGACGAUGAAAACACAAGCCGGUUGAGCAGCUCCACUGAACAAAGCACUUCGUCCCGUCUCAUCCGAAAACACAAACGUCGGCGGAGGAAACAGAAGAUGCGACACAUUGACAGAUCAUCCUCCUUCAGCAGCAUCACCGACUCCACCAUGUCUCUGAACAUCAUCACCGUCACCCUCAACAUGGAGAAAUACAACUUUCUGGGGAUCAGCAUCGUGGGGCAGAGCAACGACCGGGGGGACGGCGGGAUCUACAUCGGGUCCAUCAUGAAGGGCGGGGCCGUGGCCGCCGACGGGCGGAUCGAACCGGGAGACAUGCUUCUGCAGGUGAACGAGGUCAACUUUGAGAAUAUGAGCAACGAUGACGCCGUGCGGGUGCUGCGAGAAAUCGUCUCCAAGCCGGGCCCCAUCAGUCUGACCGUGGCCAAAUGCUGGGAUCCGACACCAAGGAGUUACUUCACCAUCCCCAGGGCCGAGCCGGUGCGACCCAUUGACCCCGCAGCUUGGAUCUCUCAUACCACGGCCCUGACGGGAGCCUACCCACCUUACGGUAUGAGCCCCUCCAUGAGCACGGUCACCUCUACCAGCUCCUCACUAACAAGCUCCAUUCCCGAUUCGGAAAAACUAGACGAAUCCCCCUUGACGGUGAAAAGCGACAUGGCCACCAUUGUGAAGGUGAUGCAGCUGCCGGACUCAGGCCUUGAAAUUCGGGACCGGAUGUGGUUAAAAAUCACCAUCUCCAACGCGGUGAUAGGGGCCGACGUGGUCGACUGGCUUUAUACGCACGUGGAGGGCUUCAAGGACCGGAGGGAGGCCCGGAAGUACGCCAGCAGCAUGUUGAAACAUGGAUACCUCAGGCACACGGUCAACAAAAUCACCUUCUCGGAGCAGUGCUAUUACGUCUUUGGAGAUCUCUGCGGCAAUCUGGCUGCCCUCAACCUCAACAACGGCUCCAGCGGAGCGUCCGAUCAAGACACUCUGGGGCCCCUCCCGCACCCGGCCGCAUCUUGGCCCCUUGGGCAGGGCUAUCCCUACCAGUACCCCCUUGCCCCUCCCUGUUUCCCGCCGGCUUACCAAGAUCCAGGUUUCAGCUAUGGGAGUGGCAGCGCGGGCAGUCAACAGAGCGAAGGGAGUAAAAGCAGUGGCUCCAACCGAAGCAACAGCGAGCACAGCCGGAGGGCUCUGAACUGGGAGAAAGACCGCAAGUCGGCCGGCAGUGGCAGCGAGUCGGAUCAUGCCCCCCGGAGCGGGGGAGGGGGGAGCGUGGUGCGGCGGGAGCGGCCCCCCAGCCAGCUCAGCCACCGCAGCCACCUCUCGGCCACCGCCAGCGAGAGGAGUCCUCGCAGCCACCAUUCGUAUGGGCCCCCGGGGGUGCCCCCGCUCUACACCUUCCCAAAGCUGGGGUCCAAGGUCUACGGGACGAGCGGCCCCCCUGGCGGGCCCCCCGUGCGGGAACUCAGCUCCGUGCCUCCCGAGCUGACCGGGAGCCGCCAGUCCUUCCAGAAGGCCAUGGGCAACCCUUGCGAGUUUUUCGUGGACAUUAUGUGAACGGAAGUGCCUUCAAGCGAAUCCACGCGAAUUUGGGGUUUCCUUUUGUUGGACCAACGUCGGACAUGGGAAAGGACAAAAGCCACCCGUUGGGAUAGAAAGAAGGGCCGAGCAAAGCGGAAGAAAACCUCCUGGGACUCUCUUUUGCAUGUCAAAUCGCUGUGACUCUAAAUUUGUGUUUCGCAAGUCAACGAAGAAGGGAAAUUGCGAAAUUGUUAAAUAUCCGCAAAUUGACGGAAAUCUCUCCCAACUUUUUAUUAUUAUUAUUUUGGUUCUCUCCCGGCCUUUCCCUUUCGUUCCGAAUGUGGUUGAUGGAUGUGCUUCCCACAUAAUGCUGGUGGUGAUGAUGAUGAUGACCUCCUUCUUGCUUGGUUUCCUGCGGCACUCCUUUUCAGUGCAACAAAACUGUGUUUCCCCCGGGGUUGCGCGAGGAAUCGCGUUUUAGGUCAUGCUUUUCCGAAGGAAGGGAAAUAGGAAAGGGGGAAGGGAAGAGCCGCUACAGAUGAUUCUCCCUUUCAUGCGUAUUUGCACCUUUAAAAAGAAACAAAAAAGAAGUGUUUUGGUUAUGUAGGUUCCCCUCCCCCUUUCCCUUCUUCGGGGGGGGGAACAUCUGUUUCUGUUUGAUUUGGGUUUUCGAGCUCCGAUAAAGACAAGGCUCGUGAUUAUUACUGCUAAGUUGUAAGGACUUCCGUGAGCAGUAAAAUUUAGAUUUUGCUCCCAGUAGAAUCUAGGCCGUGGCUUAGGCAGAAGAAGUGCAUUCUGGGAGCUCAACGAAGCUUCAGCAUGUUCUGUUCGGUCUAUUUUUGCUUUGCUAUUCAGGGUUUAUUUUGCACUAAAGCCUAUACCCUGCAUUUACCCAGAGAAGGAAGAGCAGCUGGAUUGAGAGGGAAGCCUUUUCCGCCUGGGAAAUGGGGUAUUGGCGUUCACACCGGUUUCUUCCUUUGUUUGCGCUGCAUGUCUGAAAGAGGAGGGCG